AUGUCUUUUGAAGGAAAGUCUGCUUUGAUCACUGGCGCCAACAAGAACCUCGGAAAAGAGACCGCCCUGGCCUUUGCCAAAGGUGGUAGCAACCUUGCUCUGCACUACCACUCUGCCAAGGAGAAAGACGCAUUGACCAAAUUUGCUUCUGACAUUGAGUCAGAGUACAAGGUCAAGACGGUUGUUAUCUCUGGCGACCUGACCAACGAAAAAGACACCAAGAACUUGUUCGACACUGCCAUCUCUGCCUUGGGCAAGGUUGACAUUGCCGUUAACAAUGUCGGUAUGGUGCUGAGAAAGCCAUUGGCCGAGACCUCUUUGACCGAAUACGAUAAGAUGUUUGACACCAACACCAAAGCCUCGUUCCUAUUCCUCAGAGAGGCUGCCAACAAGGUUGCAGACGAGGGAUCGGUCAUCAUGCUCACCACGUCUCUUUUGGCAGCAUACACCGACGGCUACUCCAUCUACCAGGCUGCCAAGGCAGGAGUCCACAUGAUGUGCAAGACCUUGUCGAAAGAAUCUCCUCGUAAAAUCUCGUUCAACUGCGUGUCUCCAGGUCCAAUGGACACACCGUUUUUGUAUGGCCAGGAGACCAAGGAGCGGGUCGAAUUUUUCAAGACACAGAGUGCCUAUGGCAGACUCACAGAAAUUUCGGACAUUGUGCCAAUUAUCACCUUUUUGGCUAAAGACGGUCACUGGAUCACUGGCCAAAACCUGUUUGCAAACAACGGAUUUACUGCUCCAUUUUAG